AUGGCUAAUAAUGCACCACUGCCAGCUUCAAUUGCCAACACUACACCAGAUUUAUGGUCGCUGGAUCAGGUCUCAGAAUGGCUGCGACACAUAACCCUUGGCCAAUAUGUGGACAAAUUUCGAGAAAACGAAAUUAGUGGCGAAACGUUAGUAAGCGACGAUUUCGACGAGGAAUUGAUGAAAGAAUUGGUACCACUCGUAGGUCAUCGAACAAAAUUAAAACGAGAACAAAGGAUAUUAAAGAGUCCACCUGUUCCACAGUUUCCUAUUCCUGCGCCGCCGCGGCCACCCUCACCUUCCGAUCCAUCGCCAAUCACAGAUAAAGAAAUUGCUGUUCUGCAAAAGUGUUUUAAAUCACCGCCGUUAUUACAAAUGAGAGAUCUGAUGGAAGCCGGAGAAUUUAGAUACACUGACAAAACAGCAAAACAAAUUUCACAAGAUAUCGUUCAACGGUUUUUGGAUGAGCAAGCGAAAACGUUUCCAGAAUUUGCUCAAGAAUGUCUAGUUCCCAUAAUGUUUCUAUCAAAGCGACUACAGAAUCUUGAUCAUUUCAUGGAACAACUAAUGUACAAUUAUCAAAAGCUAAAAUCUCAAUCAAAUCCAUCUUCAUCAGAUAAGAAAACAGUCAAUUUAAAUCUUCGUGCAUUCUUACACAUUCUUCUAUUGAGCAGUGACAUUUUUCUACGUCGUAUAAUCAUGUCACUAAUCAGUAAACGAAAUCCUGUUCCAUUCGUUGAACCGAACAUUGACACAGAUCGAGCUAUUCUGAAAUAUGAAAUUAUGGCGUCAAUCGUUCAUUCUUCACUACUCAACUUAUUAUUUCAAUCACCAUUUGAACGUCACAUUGACAGUGUCUAUUUCCAGUCUUCAAUUGAUAUUGAUUUUGGAUAUGCCUUCAUUCCCGAGAGACCAUUUAAUUUAGCUGAUUCACAUGGUCAAUUAUCUCAAGAUCUAUUGACAAAAAUUCAUCCACUUUUCGACGGAUUUUUGAUUCAUAUCAGUCAAAGUGAUUUCGAUCAAUACAUUAGAACGCUCUUUGAAUAUUUAAGUAUACUUCCACGAGAAAAAUAUCGAUUAAUCCUUGUUCGCGACGAAACGCCAACGUUCGAUGAACAAGCUAGUAAAUCGUCUUUAGCAGCGUUAAUGCAAGAUACUCAUACAUUAUCCUCAAUGCCAAAACUGCUUUCACUAAUGAAUGCGAGUGACUCAGAAAAAGCAAAAUUUGCUAUAAAAGAUUUAAGAGAACAAUUAUUACAGGACAUAAAAUCCAAUGUCCGCAUUAAUAACACUAAAGAACAACUUGUUUCAAGUCUGCAUAUGUUACUCAAACAAGACGACGUUAAUCACCUUAACAGCAUAGAUCAAAUCAUAAAACCUUUGAAAGAUUGUCUAUUAUCCAAUGAUCCAGAUGUGAAAAAAAACAGUUAUCCGUUAUAUCUAAAGUUCCUUCAACUUUGUAAAUUAUGUCAAAACCUGAGCAAAAUACGUUUCUAUGGAUCCGAGAGUGAAAGCCAAAACUCUUACAAAAUCACUUUGGAUAUUUUUCAGAUUGAAAGUGAAAUGAGUCCGAACAACAAUCCGAACCAAAAAGGUUUGGUUUUUCAACACUUCUUUGAAUUACUCCAUAGAGAGAAUCUCAUAAUGAUACUGAAUACUUUGUCAUCCGAAUUGAGACAAGAAUUAUUAAAAGAAGGUUUUGCUAAAUUGGCUGGAAAUUUAACAGUUGAACAAACGUUCUUGUCUUUGGAAGCUCUCUGGCGUAACUGUAGUGUCUGCUAUGAUCAUCUUGUACUGGAAGAUAAACAGCUAAUCAUACAAUCCUACAGAGACUAUAUUCGUAGCGGUUAUCCGUUCGAAAUUAUCGAUGGUGAUAACUUUCAUUGUCAAGAUAAAUAUCUAACGGAAGUGAUGCAGACUUUCGGAAAUGAAAAAAUUCUAGCGAUUAGUAUUAUUGGACAACAGAACACUGGCAAAAGUACACUACUGAACUAUAUGUUUGGCUCUCUUUUUGAUGUCAGAGAGGGACGAUGUACUCGUGGAAUAUACGGCUCAUUGAUAAAAGUAAAUAAUAUAACAGGAAUUGAUUAUAUUUUGUUGAUUGAUACUGAAGGCUUGCUGUCAUCUGCUAAAAACGACGAGGAAUAUGAUCGUCGACUAGUCUUGUUUUGCCUCUCCGUAUCACAUCUGGUUAUUGUGAACACAGUUGGUGAAAUCAAUCAAAUUAUAAAACGUAUGCUGGCACUAUGUAUUGACUCUUUGAAACAAUUAGAACUGACGACAAUUCAACAGCCAGAUUUACAAAUUGUUCGAAAUAAAGAAGCAGAUCCUAACAUUCAAAACCAUAUAGCAUCAAUCAAAAAUAUCAUAUCAGAACUAAGAGAUAGUGGGUUGGGUGAGACAGUCAACAUUAGUGAACAAUCCAUUCACACCCUGCCAAAUGCAUUCAAGACUGAACACAUGGCCGAUGGUACAGGUGCAUCAUGUCUGCAUCGUACUGAACCAGAUUUCAUUGAGAGAACACAAAAAUUCGUUUCUCAUAUAACAGCAUCAGCUAAAUCAUGUUUUGAUAAACCUGGUAACACAAUUACUUAUUUACCACAAUGGCUACAAACUGCAAUCUUGAUAUUUGAUGUUUUACAAAAGUUUCCUGACUUAACGUACUUCAAAGAUAUCAAGGAACGAAGACAAGAGGAUGAAAUGCAUAACGAAGUUCGUGGCAUGAUCUCAACAAAAUUCUCAGCUGAGCGACGUAAAGAUAUGAUAAAGGCACAUUGUGAUAAGAAUGAAGAUGAUAUACGUGAUAUAUACAAAGCUAGAUUUGGAGCAUACAAAAAUGAACUAAAUGAAGAUUUAGAAACUUUCUUCAGAUUGAAGAAUGCUUCAAAAGAGAAUCGUGAACGUGGUCGAAGCUUUUUAGAACGACAAAUUAAUGAAAUAGGAAAUGCUUGGCGUACAUUAACAAUUCAAGCUAAUGAUCGCCGUAAGAUGGAAGCCUAUGUGAAGAACGGAGGUCUCGAACUACAGGGAUUAAUUGAUAGCAUAAUAGCAAGUGGUAGAACAAUGACAAGAGAAGAGGCUGUUAAUGAAUUUAAUAAUAUGUGGAAUAAGAAACUCGAGCACAUUGAGAAAAGCUUCAUUCGAGACGAACGUUUACUACAAGCAAUUAAUUUUGUAUAUGCUAUUUAUAAUUUAUUCGAAAAGAAAAUGUUACCCACUCAUGAACAUAUUCUUCUACAUAAAAGGACUAUGUUAAAUGAGCUUAUUGAAUUACAACAUCUACCGGAGUUGCCAGACAUUCUUCAAGAAGCAUAUUACAAACAGGAUGUUGACGCUCAAAAACAGCAGAUAGUUCAACGGCUGGACCAAAAAUCAUCUACGCUAACAAGAACAGAAGUCGAAAAUUUCAAGCAUCUUAACAAGCAAGCGAUAUUGGACUAUUUGCAGACCAUUUCAAAUGAAGGCAAGUUUGAUAAAUAA